UUGGUUUAGCCCCAGAGGGUACAGGAGAGGAGAAUAACGAAGAGAAUAAGGACUGUUAUCCUGGUUUUAUUUGGUUUUUAUAUGGUUUUGCAGGAAAUGUUCUGCGCAUUUUGAUUAACUAAACUAGACAUCCGGUACAGAUGUAUUUGCUGGGGUACAAUGACCUGUGUCCCAUUUAUUUUGAUACAACAUAAUAUUUUACAUAAUCGAUUGUAAACUAUACCACAAAUUAGAAUGUCCUUUAGAGUGAAGUUCAAAAUGCUUCAUAGAACUAUACAAUCUGAAAACGUAUUAUUCUGUCAAUGUGCCAAUAUUAUUGUAUAUAGUAGCUAUUCCUCGGAAAAAAUAAGACUACUGAGGAUUAAUUCGCCUAUUUUCGCGCCAUAAUCUAAAGUAAAAUCGAAGGACGACGAAGGAAUCUGAAAAAAAUCUAAUUUAGUCUCAGAGAGAGGGAGGGGGAGUGAGGCUGCGGCCGGACAUUGGACGGGAGGGGAAGAGGGACAUAUUCCCCAGGACACCACUGCCUCUUCUUGCACUCUCUGUUCCUCUGGAGAGCACGGAGGGGGACUUGAACGGAAAGAGACAAAGCAUGCAACAUAAUGGUAAUGGGGAGGAGAGGCAGUCGGCGAACCAAUCCGAAUCUCAGCUCCAGGGGACGACUGGUUUCAGCGGACCACACAUCCCAGGCAAUGACACCCUAAGCAGUCCCACACUCUUCCAACUGCCCGCUCAUUCCCAACUGGAGUUCAAACGCAACGCAGUCACAGAGGACUACAAAAUAACAACUCAAGUACUAGGACUGGGUAUGAACGGGAAAGUGCUGGAACAAUGCUACUGCAAGAAGACAGGGGAUAAAUGUGCGCUCAAGAUUCUGUAUGAUAGUCCUAAGGCGCGGCGGGAGGUGGAGCUUCAUUGGAGAGUGUCGGGGGGUCCAUACAUCGUUCGCAUCCUCAGCCUGUAUGAGAACAUGCACCAGGGGAAGAAAUGCCUGGUUAUCAUCAUGGAGUGUAUGGAGGGAGGGGAGCUGUUCAGUCGCAUUCAGGCCAGAGGGGACCAGGCGUUCACAGAGAGAGAGGCUUCAGAGAUCAUGAGGGACAUAGGCGUGGCAAUCGAGUACCUCCACCACAAGGACAUAGCUCACAGAGAUGUCAAGCCUGAAAAUCUGCUCUACACCACCAAGGAGAGCAAUGGUGUGCUGAAACUGACUGACUUUGGCUUUGCCAAGGAGACCACCCUCCACAACUCCCUCCAGACACCCUGUUACACCCCUUACUAUGUUGCCCCCGAGGUGCUCGGUCCAGAGAAGUAUGACAAGUCAUGUGACAUGUGGUCUCUGGGCGUGAUCAUGUACAUCCUGCUGUGUGGGUUCCCUCCGUUCAACUCUAAUACGGGCCAGGACAUCUCCCCAGGGAUGAAGCAGAGGAUCAGGAUGGGCCAGUACAACUUCCCUAACCCUGAGUGGGCUGAAGUGUCGGAGGAAGCCAAACAGCUGAUCAACCAGCUGCUGAAGACAGACCCAAACGAGAGGAUGACCAUCGGGCAGUUCAUGAACCACCCUUGGAUCAAUCAGUCGAUGGUGGUUCCUCCGACUCCUCUGCACACAUCCCGUGUUCUGACAGAGGACAGAGAUCUGUGGGACAAUGUCAAGGAGGAGAUGACCAGUGCUCUGGCCACCAUGCGUGUGGACUAUGACCAGGUGAAGAUCAAAGAUCUGGACACGUCCAAUAACCCACUGCUCAACAAGCGACGCAAGAGACCUGCUGCUGGGGCAGCCGAGGGAGAGGAGGGAGGAGGGGGAGGUGGUGGGGGAUUAGGAGGGGGAGGUGGUGGGGGAUUAGGAGGAGGAGGCACAACUGUGGUCGGCUUCGUCAUUACACCCUCUAAAAUGACGUUACCGAACAGAAUUCUCAAAUGGGCGGUGCUUAGAAAAUACCUGCUCAUGGGCUGCGAUAAAGAAUGA